AUGGCUGCUGUCACGGACGAUAUCUUUGCCUCACGAUUUGCUGUCCUGCAAUACUUGUUCAGUGACAAUAUAUCUGCACAGAAAGCAGCUAGACAUUUGGCUUCAAUCUCACUAUCAGACAACACGACACUUGAAGGUCUUGGCCGUCUAUGGAGUCUGAUGAUAAAGUGCGUAUACAGAUUUCCCGAUCACCAUGACAAGCUCGUCGAUACUCUAGUCCAGCUCUCGAAACUUCCAGACGCCAAGACAGACAACAAAGAUCCCAUAUUCCUACAUGACAUGCAAUGGAAUGCAUUUGUACCUCCUGGGCUUCCUGAACGUCGACAAAGCGCCAUAUCAGACAUUAUCAACUGGGACACAUUCACCGCACUUUUGAUGGCAACUGAGGAACCUGUAUUCGCAUACUCCUGGUUUGCACUGAUCACCCUCCGCGACGCACUGGAAACACCGCCAAACGAAUUGUCAGAAGAGGAUCCUCUAGAGGCAUUGACCCCCGCAGCAGCAGCUGUGGGUAAUGCUCCAGGGAGAGGAGGCCCGCUCUGGAAAGGAAAUCAUGGCUUUUGUAAGGAGAGGUGGGAGCUUUGGCUGGAGAGAUUUGGGGAGGUGGCUAGAAUGGAGGGCGAGAUUGGAGACAAGGUGAGAAUGAUAGCGAGAGACGCGGUGCAAAUAAUGAGGGAGAUUGGGGAUGGGGACGUGGAGUGAGAGAUUUACCUUCAUGUACUGCCAGCCGUUAUUGAUUGAGUGAUUCGUCUAUUUUGUUCUAAAGGAU